CCGACCAUGUGGUGGUAAAUUAAUUUCUUUUUUUGCUGCGCGAUUUCGGAAAUGUUUUAACUCUAUAUAUCUGUUUAGUUCAGAGCUAAGCGACUAAAAAGUUGUCAAAUAUGCCUGAGUAUUUUCAGAGGCCUGAAAAUGCCCUUCGGAAGGCGCACGAAUUUCUUGAUGUUGGCAAACUAAAGCCUGCCUUGGACGUUUUGAGCGAUGUGUUGCGCAGUAAAAAACAUCGCACGUGGCAAAAAGUGCAUGAGCCGAUCAUACGACAGUAUUUGGACCUCUGCGUUGAUCUGCGACGUAGUCAAGCCGCUAAGGAGGGACUUUACCAGUAUAAGAUCAUCUGCCAGCAGGUGAACACCAAGUCAUUGGAAGAUGCCGUCACCCAUUACCUUGAUCUGGCUGAAGAGAAAACCAAGGAAGCUCGGGAGAAAUCGGCAGAAACUGCGCUUAAACUUGUGGAGGAUUUGGAUAUGAUUGAAUCGCCAGAGGGAAUGCUGCUGCGCGCAGUGACUGGUGAGGACACGCAGGAUCGAACCGAUCGUUUGAUGCUUACCCCGUGGGUAAAGUAUUUAUGGGAGAGUUAUCGGCAGUGUUUGGAUUUGUUGCGCAACAACUGCCGUGUGGAACGCCUGUACCACACCAUUGCUCAGCAGGCUUUCAAGUUCUGUUUGAACUACGAUCGUCGUACGGAGUUCCGUAAGUUGUGUGACAAUCUUCGUAAUCACGUGAAGCUUAGUGAACAACGUCACGGAACUCAAUUCUCGGUAAAUCUCACGAACCCAGAGACGCAAGCUCUUCACCUGGAAACGAGGAUCGCUCAGUUGGACGCAGCGAUACAGAUCGAACUCUGGCAGGAAGCUUUCAAGGCUGUUGAAGACAUCCACUACUUAAUGAGUUUGUCCAAGCGUCCACCAAAACCACAAACUCUCGCUAACUUCAACAACAAACUUUCUCUUGUCUUCUGGAAAGCCGAGAACAUGCUCUUUCACGCCUGCACACGACAUCGGUUGUUCCACCUCACCAAGGACAUGAAACGAAAUCCUUCAAUUGAUGAUCUGACAAGAAUGGCUUCUCUUAUGUUGGUUGCCACAUUAGCGAUCCCGAUCACCGAACAAAAACACGGCAUUGGGAAACUUUUAGACAUGGAAGGAGCACUUAUUGAAAAACAUCUCAAUUUGUCGAAACUUCUUGGCUUGGAUCGCCCACCAACAAGAAGUUCGCUCAUCGAUGACUUUCUGAAAUUCAACCUGUUACAAUACGUACCACGGCAAAUCCGUGAGCUGUACCAGUGGUUGGAGGUUGAUUUCCAUCCUCGUAAACUUUAUGAGAGGGUGUCUUGUACAUUGUCAUGGAUUAAAGAACAAACUAGGGAACCAGAGUUGGUCCAAUACAUCCCAUACUUGCAGAAGAUUGUGGUUUCUAAAGUUCUCCAGCAGGUCUCACAAGUUUAUCAGACGAUUGAAUUCUCUCAUCUUCGGAAACUCGUUCCAUUCUGCUCCAUCUUUCAACUGGAGAGGAUCAUCGUGGAUGCAGCAAGGAACGGCCAACUCCAGGUGCGACUCGACCACAACCGAGGGGCUUUAAGUUUUGGAACCGACCUAAACGCAUCCCCACUUUACGUGGAGGAUGAAUUCUUCGAAACUAACCGUCUUCAAGCCCUCCCAAGUGAGCGAGUAUCUGACAGAUUUAACACCAUGGCGCGCGCACUGCUGGUGGCGAACCAGAUGCUUAAUGGGGAAGCACAUAAGAAUGAGAUCGACCAACAGCAACAAACUGUGUUGUCGUAUCACCUGAAAACUCAGGGCAAGGAACACAAGAAAAUACUUGAGCGUAAAUUUGUCAUUGAGGAAAGAAAAGAAAGGUUGGAGCAUAUUAAUCAUGAGAAGGAGCUGAAGGAGCAAAGAGCAAUCCAGGAGCAGGAGGAGGCGGUGAAGGCUGCGGAGCAAGAGAGGUUGAGCAAGGAGCAAAAAGAGAGAGAAGCGCAACGGAGGAAAGAUGCAGAUGAAGAGGAAAAACGGAAGAACGCGAGCGAUCGUCUGGAAAUGAUUAGGAAGAGCGAGAUUGGACAGAAGAUGUUGAAGGACAUUGAUUUGGAGACUUUCAACCAGAUCGAUCCUGAUGAGUUGAUGGAGAGACAGAUGGCGACCAUGGAAAAAGAGAAGAAGGAGAAACAAGAUCGCUUGAAAGCUCAAGAGAAAAAGGUUGAUUAUUUCGAGCGUGCUAAGCGUUUGGAGGAGAUCCCUUUGUUGAAGGAAAGGUUCAAGCAUAAGAUUAAAGAGGAUGCCGAGUUGUGGGAUAAACUGGAAGAAGAAAAGAUUAUCAACCUGAAGAAAGAGCAAGAACUUGCCCUCGGACAUCAGAAGCGAAUGAUCCGCAUGAAUGACGACAAGGAAGCGUUUCUCGAUCAUCUGCGACAAACAAGAAGUGCAAUAUAUCAGGAGAAACUUGCUGUUUAUGAGAAGUUGCUUGCUGAAGAACGAGCUGUCAGGUUGGCAAAGAGAAGAGCGGCGAGGAAAGAGGAGAGGAGGCAGAAGUGGUUGAAGGAGAGGGAGGAGGAAGAGCAGAGGAGGAAAGAUGAAGAGAUCAAGAAAAAGAGAGAAGAAGAAGAAAGGAUGAAGUUAGAGAAGCAAGAAGAAGAGAAGAGAGCGUACAAUGCAAAGAUGGCUGCGUUGGAACACCAAGAGCAACUACAACGUGAACGAGAGAGAGAAAUUGAAGAAAGGAUUCUUAGGGAACGAAACAUUGCUUCUACCAAGUCUGAAAGACCUCCGGAGCGAACUGCUUGGAGACGGGACACUCCGAAAACCGAUGCGGAUAGAGGAGCAUGGAGAAGAGGAGGCGAUGCUCCUCGUGAAAGAGGAGAGUGGGGAAGAGGAGAUACGAGAAAUGAACGGUCGGAAGAGCCUUGGAGGAGAGGUCCUCCUACCCGCGAUGUUGGAAGAAACCGCUCCCCACCAUCCCAAGGAGCUUGGCGUCCUCGUACUGUCCAAAGAGAAGCAGAUCGACCAUCACCCAGAGGUGCUCCUACCAGGGAAGAGAAUUCCUGGAGGCGCAGAUCCCCUUCUCCUCGUCGAACAUCUCCUCAAGGAAGAAGAAGCUCUCCUCCUGGCCGUCGUGUGUCCCCUCCCGGUAAUGCAUCGCCAGAGAGACGGAGAUCUCCUCCUGGGCGACGUGGAUCGCCAGGGAGAGCAUGGAGACGGGAUGCUUCGGAUCAAGACUCUAAAAAGGAGGGAGAUAGCCAAGCUUGGAAACCAAAGGAAAGAACGACAACCCCUUCUACUGGAGCAUGGCGCCCAAGGAUUCGGUCAGAUCAACCACCACCAAAGAAAGAUGAUCGCCGUGAUGAUUGGCGUUCAAGUCGUCGUUAAAAUCAUGGAAAAUCUUGAUUUGUAUUGUCAUGUGUAUUGUAGAUAUAUAAUUUUCUGUUUUGGGAGCUUAUUUUUGCUUAAACAAAUGACAAAUUUUAUUAAAUUGGUUUUUGGGUUUGACUUUGAAAAAAGGUGACAGAAUAUUGAAUCCUUUUGUGUUUUCGCUGCUUUUUUGGCUGGUAUGAAAAUAAAGUUCUUGCAUUGGA